AUGCAAUUCCUCACCCUCGCCGCCCUCUUCGGCUCUGCUCUCGCAGCCGACGGCCUCCUAGGCCCGCGCGCCGUCCAACCCUUCUGCUCCUCCAUCAACAGCUGCGUCACCACCAACGGCAACCCAGCCAGCGCCACCGCCUUCUGCGCCAGCUACAACAGCAUCGCCACUGUCACCUCUGGCACCACCACCACGACCGUCCAGCCAAGCGACUGCGGCUCCGUGACCAAGCGUGCCGACGCUCCUCCAGUCGUCAACGUGCUGGCUCCGUCGAAGGCGCGCUGCUUCAAGAAGCUGCUGGAUGGACGUUUGUCGAAGGCGUGCGAUUGCUUGAGCAUCCCGACGGCGACGGUGGCGGAGUCGACUAUGACUGAGACGGCGGUGUGCUCUGUGACUUCUCUUUAG